GUAUUGCCCGAAUCAGCCCUGUGCCUGCAGCGCCUGGCUAUUUAUGUUAUGAAGCAACUUGCGCAUGACUGCCUGGCCGAAGACCAUUGUCGUUGGCUAUCAGGGCUGCUCCUCGCUCUCAACGCACAGUAUAUGUGCAUCUACUGCCGGAGUAAAACAGUCCUGCAACCUCGUUACCUGGUCAGUUCGCUCGCAGGCAAGCGGCGAGGUCGAAUGUGCUGCAUCAUCCCAAAUCAAUGUGGCACCAUGCCGACUCUUUCCUCGGAAUCACCGAGUCAGACCUGUAUCCUCGUCGAUCAGUCAUCUUCUCGAUCCACCCGAACCACACAUCCUAUUACGAGUUCAGGAAGGGAGCUCGUUAUUGGGCUUCGUUCAAGUCACGGUGCGAUGCAGUCAGUAGCUCAACACACUCUCAGGAAACGCCGUGACAAUGAAUCGUCCCCAGUUCCCAUCGCGGACAACAUCACAGACAGCCGCCUCCUCGUCCCUCUCGACAGAUACCGUGCAUUCACUGGUCUCUGCAAGCGGAACGCUGACGAGCAACCACUGCGCGGCUGCACGAUACACGCUCAUCGACGAUGGGCCAACCGCAUCAUAUGUCUUGUUCAUGGGAUGCAUGGAUAGCCAGCCAGAAUGCUGUCCGUUUACUCCCGUAACUACCUCCAUGGGCGUAUAUCCACAACCACGAGACGCCAGAGACGCCGUGAUGGAAAAAUGCCCGGCAGACUACUAUGCAAUUUUCGGAAGUUGCUGCCCCAAUGCCUUUACCCCUUGGACGGCCGCUUUAGGAGGGGCAACGCCGUGCUACAGCACCCUCCCAGCGACAGCGACCACGACACUACCGCCGGCUGCUAGCGACGCAGCGGGGGCCAGGGCAACCAUACCUACCGUGACCGUCACAGACACCGUCUUUGCCAUGCAGUAUGCCGUAAACGCUGAUAGGGCUGCCGUAUCUCCUGGAGGGAUUGCUGGCGCCAUCAUUGGCGGCGCCGUCUUUGCCGGUAUGUUGCUCUGGGUCUACGUGGCGCUCCGCAGGCGCUAUCGGCGGAACCAGACGCUUAAGAAACUGAGAGCGGAAUUCUUUGACACCCAAGGUCUCAUCCCCGGCAGCUCCGAGGUGCCGGUCUCUCCAGGCGCCUCGUCUCAUCCGUUUAACCACCUGACCCAGGCGGACAUGAAAUUACCCCCGGAUUACCGCGACAGCGAGCACGGGCACCCGGCUCCCGAUCACGCAGAACUCUCGACAGGCCAAGCACACGCCCCAAAAUUCAGUCUUCAAUUGCCACCACAACUGGCCAUUAGGCCUGUAGGAUAUUACGAACCACCAUUGUCCCGUUCCCGUCAGAUUCCACGCGGGCGGGCCGAAAUACCCCACGCGCCCGGCCAGAUAGAACCUCAGCUGCCCGAUGCAGCAUCCACGCACGAGAGUCCGAGCUCGACCGCAGGCCCAUACGCGCAUGGCCCUCAAACACUCAGGCGGAACCUCCUGUCCACCGGGGCACAUCCUGAACCGGUUCGAAGCCUCUCUUGUCUGUCCCGCAACAACCUCUCGUCCAAGUCCGAUCACACACCCUCAAGCCUUCACAGCGGCAGCAAUGGCGGUGGCAGCAGACCUAAAAGCCCCCUGCACCCGCUCCCACGGCCACCACCCAUCCUCCAAAAACCCGAUGGCUUCCGGUUCAAUCCGCCUCCGCCGACCAAUGCAGAGAUAUUCCCCCGAACCGGAAGCGUUUGUGAAACCGGAAACAAAGUUUGAUAUAGCACCAAGAUGAUCCCAGGAUCUGGAGCCCAGACCGACCCCAAGAAGGAAAGCAAAGAGUGCCGAUUGCAGUGUGGUAGUAGAAGGGUGGUGCUCAAGCGCCAAAGGGGACAGGGACGGGGAGGGUCUGUCUCAGGUCCUUAUGCUGCUGCUAAAAAUGUUGGCAAUUGUACCGAAGGCACUGUCGGUGGGCCGUGGGUAGCUGCUCA